CUCAACAGGAACGAAACACACUCUUUAAUUAUUAUUUUAUAUUUUUCAGAUUUUAGUAAAAGUAAGCAAUAUUUUAUUACUUAUAAUAAAUUCUGCAGUGAAACUCUCGCGCAUGCGCUGUAGAGCACACCCCUCUGCCCGAGUUCGCAGUUGGCGUUUGAGUUUUUGGCUGAAGAUGCAGCUGUUCGUGAGAGGUCAGAGUUCACACACCGUUGAGGUGGAUGGAUCACAGACCGUCGCUCACAUCAAGGCCCAGAUCGAGGCGCUGGAGGGUCUGUCCUGUGAUGAUCAGAUCCUGACCCUCUGCGGGACCCCUCUGCAGGACGAGGCUCUGAUCGGUCAGUCCGGGAUCGAUGAGUUCAGCACUAUCGAGGUCUCGUCGCGACUGCUGGGAGGUAAAGUCCACGGUUCUCUGGCCAGAGCCGGUAAAGUCCGAGGUCAAACGCCCAAGGUGGACAAGCAGGAGAAAAGGAAGAAAAAGACGGGCAGAGCCAAGAGAAGGAUUCAGUACAACCGCCGCUUCGUCAACGUCGUUCCAACGUUCGGCAAGAAGAAGGGACCAAACGCCAACUCUUAAAACGGCUCAUCUGCUCACUGAGCAGCGCUGGUGAUGCUUUACUGAUGCGCCGUGUCUGAUCGCGGCCGCUGAGUCUAAACAACGUUCCCUUUGUGUAAUUUUGUGAUUUCUUGUUGGUCCGAUUCUGUGGCUCUGCCCGAUGAACAGAUUGAUUCUUUAGCAGCAAAAUAAAAGCGAAAUGCAUUA